UCUGAGAGGAUCUCGGAGCAUUGACCGCCGCCAUCAUGUUCCGCACUAUGCUCACCCACGCUAAGAAGCACCCCAGCUUAAUCCCUCUAUUUGUCUUUGUUGGCUUUGGGGGAGUCGGCUCCAUCCUGUAUGCGCUGAGGGUCACCACACGGAGCCCUGAAAUCAGCUGGGACAGGAAAAAUAACCCAGAUCCCUGGUACAACAAGAGCCCCAACUACCAGUACAAGUUUUACAAUGAAACCAUCGAUUACAAGAACCUGAAGAAGGAAGGACCUGACUUCUAAGCACUUACCUCCUCAGACGCCAUCUCUGCUGGAAUUUCUUUUUUACAGUCGAAAUCAAUCCCGGAAUGCUUGUUUCAUUCCUGCUAUUUAAUAAUCCAAUAAGUCAUGUUUAUUGAGUUAUCCCAGCUCUGUCUGUUCAUUAGCUGGGCCUAAUGCGAUUAAACUAGCGUAAACCUA